AUGGUAGUAGUAGAAAUUUUCAGUGGGGAAUAUUUCCAAACAGUGAAUUGCUCUGCUGCUGGUUCCAUUUUUCACAAUCAGUUGUUCGAUAUUGUCACCGAAAAGUUAAUGGUGUCUUGA